AGUAAUGAGGAUCAUAGUUAUGCAGAUUCAACUGAUAUAUGUGCAAAACAUGACUGCUUUCAGGAAGAUCACAGCUACACCUAGAGUCUCGAACAACAGGAAAAAGCUUAGAAGGCAAUGCCACAACUCCAGGGGUUUCAAGACGUCACAACUCCUGGUUGAACAGGUUUAAGUUCAGAUGAAAAUAACUCCACAGUCCUUUAAGGAAAUACACGUUUAAAGCAGUUUCAAAUCAACUUCUGCUCAAGACUGUUCAAGUUCAGUGGAGGAACGAGCAACACCACAUCGUCAUCAUUCAUGCUGUAAGUCAGUAAAGGACAAUGGCUUCUGUUGUCUGUUGCUGCUGUUCUGAUAACACACUAGAUGAAGGAGUCCAGAUGAGCAGCAGUGUUGAUGUGAAAGCUGAAACAGGAGCAACUGUAAACGCUCCUGUACUUGCUAGAAGCACCUUCACAGCCCCAGUGACCUUCAACUACAGCUCAAACACUGCAGGAAAUGAGCCACAAAAAACCUUGGCGAAGGAGAAAACAGAGAAACAAUUAGAAGAGGAUUUGCAAAUAUUUUUGCAAAAACACAAAACCAGCAUGCGGGAGAAAGCUAAAUGUAUUUUUGAGGGGAAAGAGGAAAAUGAAGCAGAUCUCAAAGCGGUUUACACAGAACUGUUCAUCACAGAGGGAGAUAUGGAAACGGUCAAUCAGGAACAUGAGGUUCUGAAGAUUGAUGAUGCUUUCAAGAAAAAACAAACACAGGACAAACCAAUCAAAUGCAAUGAUAUUUUUACUGCAUUGAAGAAAACCGAUGAGAAAAAGAUUGUGCUGACAAAGGGCAUCGCUGGCAUUGGAAAAACUGUCUCUGUGCAGAAGUUCAUCCUGGACUGGGCUGAAGGGAAAGCCAAUCAGAAUAUAGACUGUGUGUUCCUGCUCCCAUUCAGAGAGAUUAAUUUGAUGAAAGAUGAAGAGUUUAGUCUCCAUAAGCUUCUGCUGGAAUUUUAUUCUGAACUGAAGGACCUGGAGGAAUCAGAGUUAUAUAAGGGAUGCAAGCUAGCAUUUAUAUUUGAUGGACUUGACGAGAGUCGGUUGCCUUUGGAUUUUAAAACUAAAAGAUCAUUAAACACCGUUGAGGAAGAGUCACCUGUAGACGUGCUGUUUACAAGUCUGGUCAAAGGGACUCUGCUUCCAUCAGCUCUCGUCUGGGUGACCUCACGACCAGCAGCAGCCAAUCAGAUCCCUCCUCGGCAUGUGGGUUUGUUCACAGAGGUGAGAGGAUUCACUGACCAGCAGAAGGAGGAAUAUUUCAGAAAGAGAUUCACAGAUGAGACUGUGUCCUCCAGAAUCAUCUCACACAUUAAGACGUCUCGUACUCUCUACAUCAUGUGCCACAUUCCCGUCUUCUGCUGGAUCACGGCCACAGUCCUUCAGGAUAUUCUCAUAAAGAACAAUACAGAGAACAUCAGCACAACACUCACUGAAAUGUACAUUCACUUCCUGCUUAUACAGAUGAACAUGAAGAACCAGAAGUACGAUGAACAAGAAGAAAGAGAAUGUAAAAAGCUCUUACAGUCAAAUAGGGAAAUGAUAUUAAAGUUGGCCAAGCUAGCGUUUGAACAGCUGAAGGAGGAAAACGUUGUGUUCUAUGAGAAAGAUCUGAAAUCAUGUGGUAUUGAUGUGAGUGCAGACUCUGAGUUCACAGGAAUGAUCGCUGAGAUCUUUAAGAAGGAACACGGACUUCAUGAGUCAAAGAUCUUCUGCUUUACACAUCUGAGUGUCCAAGAGUUUUUUGCUGCAGUGCAUGUGUUCCUCUGUUACCUGAACAAGAACAUGCAGGAGCUUCAGUUCUUCUUUUAUGAGUCCAAUGAGGAUAUCACAUUACAUGAGCUACUGCAAGAGGCUGUUCGUAAAGCCAUGAAGAGUGAGAGAGGACAUCUGGACCUCUUCCUGCGGUUUCUGAUGGGCAUUUCACUGGAAUCCAGUCAGAAACUGCUCAAAGGCCUGAUCACAGACACUGAAGAGAAGACAGACACUGAAGAUACCACAAAGAGCAUCAGAAGAACAACUAGAUACAUUAAACAAAGACUAGACCAGGGCAUCUCAGAGGAAGCUUCAGUCAACCUAUUUCACUGCUUACUUGAGCUGAAAGAUAAUUCAUUAUAUGAUGAAAUCCAGAGAUACCUCGGUCCAGAUGAAGAUCCAGGAAGAAAACUCUCCUCUUCAAUGUGCACAGUGCUGGUCUACACACUGCUGACGUUAGAAAAGGUGCUGGACGAGUUCGACCCAAAGAGGUUCACUUCAUCAUCAGCAGACUACGAGAGACUCAUUCCAGCUGUGAGAUGCUGCAGAAAAGCCCUGUUACAUAGCUGUAAACUCACCGGUCAAUCUUGUCGGAGUUUGUCUUCAGUUCUUCAAUCCUCAAACGUCCUGAGAGAGCUGGACCUGAGUAACAAUGACCUGCAGGAUUCAGGAGUGAAGCUGCUUUCUGAUGGACUGAAGAGUCCAAACUGUCAGCUACAGAUACUGAGAUGUGCCAUGUGUAAUUUCACUGCUCAGUCUUGUGAGAGUUUAUCUUCAGUUUGACUUCAGUUACAACAGAGGAUAUAAUGGGGAUAAAGGAGAAUUAAUUUGUUACAUUGAUAUAACACUUUUCUAGGUGCUGUCUAUGAAGUAAUAUAUCUAAUAGACCAACGCUACUUUUGUGUCAUCGAAGGGUAAUGC